AUGGCGGCGUCCGCGGCUGUCCGCGCUGGUGUGAGUUUCUCUCAGAGGUUCAUCAGAGUUUCACAGGCAGACUGCAGCGUGUGUCCCUUAUACCGCUUAAACAUGUGCACCGGAGCCAUGCGAGCAAUCGACGGGUUCACAGCGCCGAACAGACGCCUGCGGACGACAAUAAGUGUUUAUCAGAGUGAGAGUCAGUCACCUGUGGAGGACACACACGAGCAUGUGGUUAAUGUGGUGUAUAUCGACCGGUCAGGCCAGAGGAUUCCAGUCAAAGCUAAAGUUGGUGAUAAUGUUCUUUAUCUGGCACACAAGCAUGGCAUUGAUCUGGAGGGGGCGUGUGAAGCGUCUCUCGCGUGCUCUACGUGUCACGUGUACGUCAAGGGGGAAUACUACGACAAACUUCCAGAACCUGAAGAAAGGGAGGAUGAUAUGCUGGACAUGGCACCGAUGCUGCAGGAGAAUUCUCGUCUAGGUUGCCAGAUCAUUCUGACCCCUGAAAUGGAUGGGAUCGAGGUGACACUUCCGAAGGUCACACGCAACUUCUACGUGGACGGUCACGUCCCCAAACCUCACUGACAGGGUCAAAGGUCAGGGGUCAUGAGUGAGCACUGAAGGCCAAACGCUACGUCGACCGAUGUGACCGAUUGCAAAGCACUGUGGGAUACCAACACUAUUCACUUUCGAACGAACGCACGGGGGGCGUUCAAUGUCCAUAAACUGAUAAAAGCUGCUUUUAAUUCUGUGAAACAUCUGCACAGAAUUACUGAACUCGCAUGAAGUUCUCAUGUGUGUGCUUCUGUCGGUUCUGCUUUAACAUUUUGUUAAAUACUUUUACAGCAUAUUAUAAAUGAGUUUACUGAUAAACAUGUGACACAAUCUGUCAUCAGAGCGCUUCAUUACAGAUGUCAAACUGAAUAUAACGAAUACAAUCAGUUCUAUAUACAUCUAUGACAUUGUGCAUAAAGAAAAUAAAAUCUAUUUUUAGGUCCAUUAAGACUUUGGCAUGGUGACAAAUUUGUUUUGUGACAGUUAAGUUCAUUUUCCCUCCAAAUGUUCAUUACUGUAAUAUGAAGAACAUAAAAACCAUUAAAAUAUUUCCCUUUAAUGUCAUUAUAAUACCAGUUAUUCUCAUUACUGCACUGCAGAACUACUAUUUCAAGUACUAUUAAACAACAAAUAUUAGCACGAUGACUAAAUACUUUACAGUUUAAACAAUUCUGCAAUGGACGGGAAACGAUUGUCAUGAAAAUAAUGUCACAAUAUCAAAAAUCAUAAUAGUGGCAAAAUACUUUGUUGUACAUUUUGGGCUAAAAUGCCUUGGACACGAUGUCUGGCCUUUAUACAGCUAAUAAUGUGUCAUUCCAGUUUAUUAUCAUUGAUCAGGAAUAAACACAUUCCUCCUGUCUCACACAUCACGUGUACUGUAAGUGUUCAGUUAUUAUUGUCCAACUGUAAAACACAAGUUAAAGGUUUUUACAGUAAUGUGCUUUUAGUUGUGCUCCAUGUACACAAUAAACA